AUGCAACCUGCUCUGCACGGCUUCGGCGGCAUGGUUCUCAACAUGAGCCGGGCGUCCGAGGAAGCUAUCACUACGAGAGGAAAAGCUCUCCUCAAAUCCGCAAUGGGAAAGAUCCAACUAUCGGUCCCAGAGUUCAUCGAACCGCACCGCAUUACAGUUCUAGGGAAUAGGGCGCUGACGGACGAAAUACUCGUCCUCCGCUCCAUGCCCAAGAAUACCGAGGCAGUUGCCGCCGAAAACGUGGCCAUGAAGAUCGUCGCGGUCUUCGAGUACAAGGCCGGUAAGGCCAGCUCCUGGGGGCUCGUGUGUAGUGGGUAUACAUCGUUCGAAAAGUUUCCUAAAUACUGGCAGGACAGCAUCCGCGUGUAG